CCGAUUCUCUGACAUCGCCUCUGUGGUACUGAAAACUCAUCGGAGCAGCUUCUCAGCUCUCAGUCCCUGACAUUACGCACCGAGCACUCCUCUUUGCGCGCAGCCCCACGCGGUCAUAGAUGCUCUGAACUGUCGGUCAUUCAACGUGCUCUACCCGUUUUUAGACUUCAUUUAGAAUUUAACCUUCUCCUCGAAGUUCAGUGACGGACUUCGAUUAUAAUUUUUUUUCUAACGAAUGGAUAACUUCAUCCACGAAUGAAGCGUCGUUGAUGAACGAAACCACGGCAACUCCUCCGGGUUUUCCUUUUGGUCGCCUACCUGUGCGGGACCUCUCAUUGGCGACAACCCUUGUUAAACCACCCCCAUUCACCCAUGCUUCAUUCAAAUGCAUAUCACGGACUCACAGCAAGCGAAAAGGAUGAGAGAAGAGGAGACCGUGGAGACUAACGGACAGGAUUUCCCAACAAGUGUCAAACUUUGAUAGUUGGAUUUACGGCAACAAAUAUCAGGUGUCCAGACUACACAGAACGGAAUCGGAUGUCUCAAGCCGAGUGGCAGUCAAAAAUGCCCAUGCUGCUGGUUCUCAGUCGUCUGCGUGGUCGCUCUGCUGUCUCUGUGCUGGAUGUACAUUUGUGCGGUUACGUUUAAUGACAGAGAGGAUGUUAAUUCGGAGGCAUUCACAGCACUGAAGCGCUGGGUGAACUGGUUCAUGGUGCUGCUCAUCAUUUCUGCCGUGUUAACCUGCUACUGUCUACUGCUGCUGCUCUUUGCGCUGGUCCAAGUAGCCUUGAGAGAACCACUGAACUUACACUGCCUCCAUAAGGUUUUCCUCGGUUUGGGGGUGCUGUUCAUCGCUCUGGGAGUCGCAGGAAUAAGUUGCAAGUGGCGCAUGGAAUGGCCAAUUAUUCCUCUGUCUUUGCAGGCCAUGGGUCCUUUCUUGCAGUUUGGUGCUGUCGGAGCCUUGACUCUUCUAAGUUCUUUCGUCUUCCAGAGCUUCCACGUGGCCAAAGGCGCAUCUAAAUUCCUGAUCGCGAUGGUGUUUGUAACUGUGUCACUUGCCAUCUUCCUGUGCCCCCUGAUCAUCCAGUCACCAUGUGUGAUAAACCUGGAGGAUUUACCUGAAAAGCCUAAACUCAUUGGCCACAGAGGCGCACCGAUGCUGGCCCCCGAGAACACCAUGAUGUCGUUUAACAGGAGCAUCGCAUGCGGAGUGACGGCCUUCGAGACCGAUGUGCAGCUCAGUAAAGACAGAACGCCGUUCUUGAUGCACGACAACAAGGGCGAAUUCUUGCUGAGAACAACAAACGUGAAGGAGAAGUUCCCCAAUGACACCUUCAAUAACAGCACUUACCUGACCUUAGAGGAGUUACAGAGCCUGAACGCAGGCGAAUGGUUCCUUAAGACUGAUCCCUUCCAAACAGUGUCCCAUUUGUCAGAAGAGGAGAAAAAAACAGCGGGAAACCAGACCAUACCCUCACUACUUGACCUUCUUCACCUGGCCAAAAACAACAAUAUCUCAGUGAUAUUUGACCUGAAGAGUCCUGACCCAGACAAUAUCACUGUGAAUACUAUUUUGGAGUCUAAGAUUGACGAAGGCCUAGUCCUCUGGCUUCCUUCAGCCGAGAGAGAAUAUGCAGAGAAAAAUGCUCCGGGCUUCAUCCAGGUUUACAGCAAUGAAAGUGAGAUGCUUGAAAAAGGGGGACGCCACCUCAAUGUGAAAUACAGCAGCCUGGACAUGGAUAAAAUCAGUAAACUCCGGAAGCAGAACGUCACAGUGAACUUGUGGGUGGUGAACGAGCGCUGGCUGUUCUCUCUUCUGUGGUGCGCAGGGGCAGGCUCGGUCACCACCAACGCCUGCCACCUCCUGACGGACAUGAAGACGCCCGACUUGUUGAUGACACCUUCUAAUUACAAAAUAAUCUGGAUUUUGCUGGAUGUUUCCUCCGUUCUUUUUAUGAUUGUACUGUACAUCUUUCAGAGGAAAACACACUGCUCCUGUCCCAGAGGAGGGAGGAAGAAUACCUCAGUCCAGGAGAAAGAGAAUCAUCCUUUCUUACCCAAAGUGUAGUACAACAGAUGUGAGCAGCAGAUGUUUCACCCCCAAAGCUGUCCUACAUCCUCUCCCGUCCACCACAACAGAUUGUAGCUGUAUCAGGAAGAAGUGUCACUACAGUUUUUAUGAAAGCAUCGUAAUUAAAAUGCCAUGAGAUUAUAAAAUGUAAAGCAAAUCUCACCAAGAUGCCGCUGGAUGGCAGCUUGUUACAUGGGAUUGCUGAAGUUGUGUGUUAUUGUUCAUCUCUUUCUACUAAAAAUACAGUGCCUUUGACUUUCUGACUAUGAAACACAUACUUGUCAGUGUUCACUUCUCUUCGUACUUUCUUUGUUCAGUUUUUAAAGAGCCUUUUUUCAUGAUUGCAGAAACAACACAUUUGUAUAUAUGUAAAACAAAACUUCUUUUUUUAACUUCCUGUGUCUUGAUGUUGUUUUCUACAGCAGUUUACAUUCCUACAUUGGGAUUAGAUUAGAUUAUUAGAAAACCUGUGUUAGUUUUACAUGAGAGUGGUUCCUCUUAAAAUAAAAUUUUCAAAAUCUAUCACAAACACCAAGCUUUGCAUUUUGCUUUCUUGUUAUCUGUUUGAACUCCAGAGCAAGAUUUUUUUGGUGUUGCCACAUUCAUGUGCUUCAUGUUUUUUCUGCAAACUCUGUGAAAAGAUACUAAAUGUAUUUUUUUAAUCUAUUUGUGUUCCACCCUCAACCAUCAGCUGAAGGUCUAGGGGCUCUUAGGAGGUACCAUCAAGUGUGCCACUGGAUUCCUGCUCCAUCUGUAUGACUGCAGCCAGUCUCCUUGUAUUUUGUCUAUCUUUGAUAUAUAAUACCAAUACUGUUAUACCAGUUUUGUAAUACUGGAUUCAUCCCAUGUCACAUGUUCUCUUACACAUUCAAUCGGAUGUGAUUGAAAUCAACAUUUUUACCCAUUCAUCUACACUUGAUAGAUAAGACGUAUAUGAUGAUAAUUUACUCUUACAAUAAUUUGCAAAUGUGUAAAAAUGCCAUCAGAGAGAAGUGCUACAAAGUUGUUUGUGCUUAUUUUUAUGGUGUGACAUCAACUCUAUAAUUUAGAGAAACCAGAAAAUAGUUUCUCUUACUUAUAUGGUCUAGAUAAUAAAAGACAAACAGACUCAUCAUUGAUAAUUUUUAAAAGAACUCAAAAUCCAAGCAGUACGAUUCCCCUUCACGAAC